AUGUUGGAGCUGCAGCAGAAGCUGGAGGAGGUGAAGGACGAGGUCGCCAAGCAGCAGGGGGGGGGUGGCACUGCUGGCACUGCUGGCACUGUCUUCACAGGGCGCAGCGUGCGGGCGGCACUGGAGCGCCUGCACAGCUGGAAGUUCCAAAGCGUGCCGCCCGACAGGCAUGCGGGCAAGGGCGAGGCGGGGGAGAGCAGCCCUGCAGUGACGCGUGCGUGGGACAUGCUCAUGGCUGAGCUGGCGUCCACGCUGGCGUCCGCCAUGCGCCACGUCAUCACGCCGUCCACAGCUGCUGGCGCGUACCACUUCUACGAGCGCGUGUCCUUCCACCUCUACAUCAUCUCCCACCAGGCGUACUACGAGAGGCGCCACACGCCACAGUACGUGGAGGACUUCAAGACCGAGGUGCAGAAGCUCUGCCUGCCGGGCCAGCGCUUCCAGUUCUCCACCUACCGGCUGUCAGUGGCAGAAGACGCGGCCCUGGCAACGGCCUUCUCCGCCUCGCUGCGCGCCGCCGUGCUGCCCACCGCGUCCGCGGCUGGCAACGUGUCAGCGGGGGGGCGCGUGCAGCUGUACCUGGACUCGCACGUGCUGCAGCACCAGCUGCGGUCACUGGGGGACGACAGCCUGCAGCGAUUGAAGCGCACGCGGGGGGAGCGCGCCCAGCUGGACGUGCCGGUGUUCUUCUUCGCCAUCGCGUCAGACCCCAUCCUCAUCGACCAAUCGCUGCUCGCCAAGUCACUGCCCGACAUGGUGCUCUCAGUACAGCUGCCGCACCGCCACUGGCCCACCGGCGUCGCCUGCAACGGCAAAGAGAUGCACGUCGACCUGCGUGACCCACUGGCGGCAGUGCUAGCGGCCACAAUGGAGCACCUGGCGGGGCUGCUGCCAGCUCACAUAUCCUUCUCCGCCGCCCACUCCGCUGUCGUUCAGGACUGGCGGUGGGCGGCAGGGGGCCAUCCCUUGGCAGCCAUAGGCGGGGGCCUGCUGGGCGGGGGAGGGGCGAGCAGCGCUCACAUCUCGGAGGUGCAGCGGGAUGCCAUGGCGCGGUCGUUGGUUGUGACGGCGCUGGACGAGGCCGUGGCCACUGUCAACCGUGCCGUUGCACACCUCACUGCUGAGACCACCCGAUGCUGUUGCUCUCCCCGCACUCCUGCUGCCUUCGGAGGCACCGUCAUUUCCCGUCCUUGUUCUUGCAUGGUGUCACCCGUUUCUCAUCCGCGCUCCUUCAUUCUCACCUCCACUACACUCAUGGCUACUGUCUUAUACGGUCCAUACCCCUCUCCCCAUGCCCUCCCUCCCAUCCAAUCAGACGAGGACACAUAUGCGGUGUUCAAGCGGUGGGAGCGGCAGCUAGCGGGGCAGUACAAUGCGGUGGUGGAGGGGUGGCGGCGAGUGGCGGCAGCAGUGGAGGCCAUGGACUAUGGGGGCGCGCUGCACCUGCUGCCAGGCAUUGAGACCGCUGCUGCAAGGUGGGAGGGGGAGGUGCGGGAGGUGGUGGCGCUGCUGCACCCGGCUCGCUGCACCAAGCAGCGGCGCCUGCAGGUGGGGCGAGGAGGGCUGCUGCCGCUGCUCUGCUGCCUGUCCGUGCUGUUGCUGCUGCUGCUCUGUGUGCUGCUGCGCAAGAGGAAGAUCAAACCGAAGGUCAACUAG